CCAAAGAAGAUGAUAACUCUGAUAGGUUCUGAAACCUGCAGGUGAUCAUCUUUUGCAAGAAUGUUUGAGAUGAAAGAAAGAUUGGCCUAUAAUUAGCUAACAUGGUAAAUUGAUGACUUUUUAACAAAUGGUCUAAUUACUGCCACCUUGACAGGCCUGUGGAACAUAUUUAACAUACAUGUAAAUUCUGAUGUUAAUGUGCUUGCUUCCAUUUACACCGAUCAGGCAUAAUGUUAUGUUUGUUACCCUUUUGCUGCAAAAAGGUCCCUGACCCGUUGAGUCGACCAGACCCCUGAAGGUGCUGUGGUAUCUGGAACCAAGAUGCAACAGAUUCUUUAAGACCCGUGUGAGGAUUGGACUUGUUUGGAUUGAGAAAUGGGGAGUCUGGAGAUUCAGCUCCUCAAACCAGUCCUGGACCACGUGUUGCUUUGUGGCAGGGUGCAUUAUCCUGCUGAGAGAGGCCAAAGCCGUUUCCUUGACAGGGUGUACAUGAUCUGCAACAAUGUGCAUUAAUAAUUGAUAAGUCUACAAUGAUCAUUUUCACCUAUUUACAUAUUGUGUAUAUGUAGUGACUUUAAAAUUCGCUCAAUUAAAGGCUAUGCUUUGUGCCUAUGCACGGUUCUUAGUAUUUCUCCCUGCGCCUGUAACACGAGGCCGGACUAUCAUGAGAAUCAGGAAAUACAGGUCGGGUCAGCUCCCUCUGCUAGUUUCUCCGAGAAAAGGUCGAACCAGGAAGCAGAACCGGCGCCGCCAGCGUGUGUCUGCUGGCAGCUCCGUGACUGUAUGCAGACUUUCUACAGCCUCGGAGGGAUCACACCGCCCGUUCUGUGUGCGUCGUCAAGCCGGAAAUGGCCUUAACAAAAUGAAUUUCGUCGAAGGGAUGCUGUGCGCACACACGAGCCUGGGCAAAGCACCGACUCUGAUGCUGCUCGGCUCGUCCUCGCUGUAACCGCGCGACUAUGGAGCUCGUGCAGCCUCCCGACAGCACGGGCUCCUCGUCGGUUCUCUUCAGCACAUCUCGUAUUCCCGCCGGGCGCUGGAGCAGGUAGCCAGACAGGCUGCGAGCAGCAUGCGAUCAGACGUGGAGUACAGCCCGGUGGGAGAGGGCCUGGGUAUGCGGGACUUCUGGCUGUACGUGUGGCUGCGGAGAGUGGCGGUGAUAGCGACUCAUGUCACCGGCCUGGGCCUGACGCUCGUCCUCUCCCUGCUGUCCAGACCCGGAACCAGUCUGUUCUCUUGGCAUCCGAUGUGUAUGUCUGUCGCUUACUGCCUGUGCAUGACCGAAGGUAUCCUGCUGUUCUCAGCAGAGGGAUCUCCCUUCUGCUUCAAAUCAUGGAAGAGUAAAGUCCGUCUCCACUGGUUCUGUCAGGCUCUGGUCCUGAUCGCUGCAGCCACUGGACUUUGGUUCAUUGUGGCCAGCAGGAAUGUGUCAGAGCUGCCACACCUGGCCUCCUGGCACAGCCUGCUGGGUAUGUGUACGCUGAGCGCCACUGUGCUCCAAACGGCCUGCGGCAUCGCUGUGAUUUUCCCUAAGCUGCUGCGUCUCUCCUGCCCCUCGUCCAGACUGAAGCUGUACCAUGCCACCUGCGGCCUGGUGGUCUACCUGUUUUCCACAGUGACAGUGAUGUCUGCCAUGUUCACUGACUGGUUCCAGGCCACGGUGAAGGGGGUGGCGUGGUGGGCCUUCCUCAUCCUGCCUCUAUUCCCUGCCUUGGUGGUGAUGAGCCAGAUCACUAAUGCCUAUCUACCCCGCAAGAAGCUGACCAGCUAGGAACCAGCAGCAGAUGGCAGAGACGUCCAAAAGAAAUAAUGAAGAAAUAAAAGGUCUUCUUGAACUUGCACCCUUGGAAGUGUGGAAUUUAUCACUGCGUGGAAUAUCUUUACCAGUUAUCACUGUUAGCAAGCAAGCUAGCAGCUGUGGUGUGGUGAGCUAUAUUUUUAUUAAACUACGGGACAACUGAAAUAAGGGAUUUUAGGACGUAGCUUCUGGCAGAGGUUCUUUUUCCUUUUAUUGAUACCUCGAGUGCUACAAGUAGCUGCCAUCUAGUGGCCUGUAGAAGAACUGCAGUGUGAAACACUACAGGGUUGGCGUUACGUCUUUAGAUUACGAGUCUUUAAGUAUGGCUGCCGACUACUGUUGGAGUCCCACAGGUGGAGCUGGUGGACACACCUGAACUGGUUUUGUGUGUCUGCAUCUGUGGAGUUUCUUCCAAUAACUGCUGUUCACUGUGUAUGCUCAGUGAGACUGUGCAGCCUGAUGAAGCAUUUACUGUUGACUGUGUGAGAACGUGGAGCUGCACCAGGUUAUACACCAACCUGAAAAUUCAUGAUACUUUUUGCCUUCUGACUUCUUACAGGUGCUACAUUGUGACACAAAAGUUCCACCGAUAUCACCCUGAAUUAAAGAGGCCUUGUGGACUUCUCCACAGAUUCACAAGGCUGAUUUGAUUUUAAGGCACAUUUACAGCUGGUAUUAACCAGCUAAGAAAAAACCCGACACUGUCCAAUCUGCUCAGCACCAGGCGCUCUGCUCCAGGCUGGAUCAUGGAAGUGGCUGAUAGUAUGUCCUACAGUUGACUGGGGGGGGUCAUCUUUUUAUCAGCCAGUACCAUAGAUUCACCAACAAUUGAAGCUGUUCUAACUUCAACCAUCAUCAAACCCUGUUGGUGGAUCCAGGGCAGACUGUCAGCUGAGUUCACAGAAAGGUUGAUCUUCAGCUUUCUAGAAAAGCAGAUUGUGAUAUUUCAAGAUGCAAUAAUCCAGAUGAUGAAUGUAAACUAUUUAAACAUGUUAAUUGGAUAUACAGUUUAACUGUAUUUAUACAGCACCAAACCACAGAAACAGUUGCCUAAAAGGUGCUUUAUGUUUUAAAGCAAAGAGCCUACAAUAAUACAGAGAAAAACCCAACAAUCAUAUGACCCCCUAUGAGCAAGCACUUUGGCGACAGUGGGAAGGAAAAACUCCCUUUUAACAGGAAGAAACCUCUGGCAGAACCAGGCUCAGGGAGGGGCGGGGCCAUCUGCUGUGAUUGGUUGGGGUGAGAGAAGGAAGUUCUUCAUCCAUGUUAGCUACUGGCUUAUGCAAAUAUAAUUUUUUUAAGAUAAGCUCAUUGAAGUGAUUUAGACAGCAGGCGGUUUGUUCUUACUGCAUCUACAACAACAUAAUACAUCAAAUACAGACUCGUCUUCUAUUAGUGGGAACUCCAGUUUCAGUGAAGGACAAAUCAAAUACCACAUCUAGUCUAGAGAUGAACUUUUCCCGGCACAGUCUAUCCUAAAAGAUGGAUUUCAUUUAUUUCUAGCUGAAAGACCGGGUCCGAAGCCUUCGGUCU